GCAUUAUCGUUGGAAAAGAAAUUUUCAAAGAUGGCUCGUACAAAGCAAACCGCUCGUAAAUCAACCGGAGGAAAGGCUCCCCGAAAACAACUCGCCACCAAGGCAGCACGUAAAAGUGCCCCAGCAACUGGUGGAGUSAAGAAACCUCAUCGUUACAGRCCYGGUACAGUCGCUCUUCGUGAGAUCCGUCGUUACCAGAAAUCUACCGAGUUGUUGAUCCGCAAGCUGCCCUUCCAGCGUCUCGUCCGUGAAAUCGCUCAGGACUUCAAGACCGAUCUUCGCUUCCAGAGCUCUGCUGUCAUGGCCCUUCAGGAGGCUAGCGAGGCUUACUUGGUUGGUCUGUUCGAGGACACCAACUUGUGCGCCAUUCACGCCAAGAGAGUCACCAUCAUGCCCAAGGACAUUCAACUUGCCCGCCGAAUCCGUGGCGAGAGAGCUUAAGCUAAUUCUCAAUCAAACAAAACAACGGCUCUUUUAGGAGCCACCACAUGCUUAUAGAGUCAAUGACUUCAACAUGCUAACGAUUUAUGUCUUCCUAAUGUGGUGCGCGCUGCACUUUUUCAGUUUAACCAACGAGAACAAAACUAGCAUGGUCUUACAAUCACUAAAAAAUCCUGCUUUUCAUUUCUGAAUUAUAUUAUUAAGGUCCUUGCUUUCUUACAAAAAGCCUGUGAUGAUUAUGUAUGCCGUGACAGUAUUUUAAAUGCACACUUAUACCUCUUCCAUGUGUCACCAAUGAGGCGGCGAU